CUUAAUCACAGCUCUCAUGGCUUCAUCCAAGGCAUUGCUUGGUGCAAUCUUCAUUGCCUCUUUCUACUUCCCAGCCUCUAUUGCAUUCCCUGCUCACCAUGAGGGCGCUCAUCCAGUUGGACACAGUCCAAAGCCAAAGCUAGGUCUUUCUCCAGAUUUCUAUAUAUCCACAUGCCCACAAGCUGAUGAGAUUGUGGUCUCCGUCUUGAAGAAGGCGAUCGCCAAGGAACAGCGGAUAGCUGCCUCCCUUCUCAGGCUCCUUUUUCAUGACUGCUUUGUUCAGGGGUGCGAUGCAUCAGUUCUGCUGGAUGACAGCAAGGCAGACGCAAGCGAGAAAAACGCUAUUCCCAACAAGAAUUCUCUCAGGGGAUUUGAAGUCAUAGAUGAGAUCAAAGCUGCACUUGAAGAAGCAUGUCCACACACAGUCUCCUGUGCUGACACUGUUGCCCUAGCUGCCAGAGGUUCAACAGUAUUGAGUGGUGGCCCAUAUUGGGAACUUCCGCUAGGUAGGAGGGAUUCAAAGACAGCAUAUAUGAAGCUUGCUAAUAAGAACCUUCCUCCACCAAAUGCAACACUGCAUCGUCUCAUAAAAUUCUUUGAAAGGCAAGGACUGGAUAAAGUGGACCUUGUAGCACUAUCAGGUAGCCACACCAUUGGAAUGGCUAGAUGUGUGAGUUUCAAACAACGACUCUACAAUCAGCACAGAGAUAACAAACCGGACAUGACACUGGAGAAAAGGUUUUACUACACGCUGGCAUCAGUCUGUCCACGCACUGGAGGUGAUAACAACAUAAGCCCACUAGACUUCGUCAGCCCUUCGAAAUUUGACAACAGCUACUACAAGUUGAUAUUGGAAGGAAAAGGUCUUCUUAAUUCAGAUCAGGUUUUGUGGACCGGAAAAGACCAAAAAAUAGCAGAUCUGGUCAGAAGUUAUGCAGAAAAUGAAUCAUUGUUCUUUGAACACUAUGUGAACUCAAUAAUCAAAAUGGGGAACAGAAAUCCCCUCUUGGGUCAUGAUGGAGAAAUACGCAAGAACUGUCGGAGGGUUAAUCAAGUCCUCUAGGCAACAGAAAACUUCAAUCUGAAUAUGGGUUCCUUUGCUUGUGAUGUAAUUUAAGUGUCAUCAUGCUAAUGUUUGGUGGCAUAUUUGUGAUGUAACCUCAAUUUACUUUCUCACUCAGAAAUGUAAUUUUGUUCCUUCCAAUGAAAAUGUUGUGAUGA